ACCCCUCCCUGUUCACAAGCAUGUGCUGUGUGCUUGUGAAAUGGAAGAGACUCUCUUUAAGUCUCACUUGCGAAUAAGUGCAAGAACAAUGCCUGGGGAAUAAAGCUUCCGCCGGCAGAAUUAAAGCAUCUCCCAGAUUGCUCAUUGGGUGUUCAGUCCUUCGCCUCUCCAACGGCUUUGCCUUUCCACUGGCGCUCUUCCACCCUCCUCUGCCCAUUCAUACCUGCUCCUCGCAGACGAAACCAGCCGCUCUUCUGGCUCUGUGCGAAGUCUGAGUGUCGGUAUUUAAAUGCAGCUCCAGUUGCUAAGCCCCGGUGACUAGCGGAGUGCCUAGCUGGGGCUGGCAACCGAGGGCUGUGUCGCUUUAAGGCAUGUGAUACUUUCCCGAGCAGGGAUGUAUUGAAAUAGGCUACGGUACUUACAGCAUCGUAUAGCAGUGUACGUACAGCUGCCUUACUCUGCACCGCCUGCGCUGGAGUGAGGCUGCUCUGUCCUUAAGCAUAAACUGCUCCUCGUCCUUAAGUAUCCUGGAAGCUGCAAAUUAUCUCAAGAUCACUUCAAAGGUCUCAUCAGGCAGAAGGUGAUGCUAGGAGAUGAUUUAAAGGUGAAAAUGAGAAGGUUUCCACCCCUCAAACCUUGGCCACUCUUCUGACGGCAGAGUCUGAGAGCUCAGAUGUCUUCUUUACUCUGGGAACAGGAUUUGUAACGAAAGAGAUUUUUUUUUUUCUUUUAAUCCUGAUAAAGAAGAUUAUUGGGAAGCCAUUAAAAAUCCCUUAUUGUGAUACAGAUGGAUUUAAAAAAGUGUUAGAUCUUUCCAAUGAACACUAAUAGAGUGCUCUGCUCUUGGUUGGAUUACUCAGAGAAUGGCAGUGGUCUCUGCAAUGUCCUGGGUCCUGUAUUUGUGGAUAAGUGCCUGUGCAAUGCUGCUCUGUCAGGGGUCCCUCCAUCACACUUUCCAGCAGCAUCACCUGCACAGACCAGAAGGAGGAACGUGUGAAGUUAUAGCAGCACACAGAUGCUGUAAUAAGAAUCGAAUUGAGGAAAGAUCACAAACAGUAAAAUGCUCCUGUCUACCUGGGAAAGUGGCUGGGACUACGAGAAACAGACCUUCCUGUGUUGAUGCUUCAAUAGUGAUUGGGAAAUGGUGGUGUGAGAUGGAGCCCUGCCUAGAAGGAGAGGAAUGUAAGACAUUGCCUGAUAAUUCUGGAUGGAUGUGUGCAACUGGCAAUAAAAUCAAGACCACCAGAAUCCACCCGAGGACCUAACAGAACGCCAGCUGCAUGGAGACAGUGAAAGCCCUGCUGAUUUAUGAGGACAAAGUCGUGAAAGUUUAAAAUCAUCUCAGCAUUUACAAGCCAAAUGGAUUUCUUAUUUGCACUUUGACUGUUUACCAGAUAACAACAGUGGCUUCACUGUGUGAAAGAAAGUAUUCAGUGGAAAUAAUGCCCCUGAUUUUUGACAGCUGAAAAUAAAAAUGAAGAAAAUGGUUCCUUUGGUAAAGUUUCUGAGAUUGCGAAGUACAAACAACAGUAUAAAUUUGGAUCUACAAUUUACUUUAUACCAGUUGAAGUAUAUAUAUAGAAAUAUAUAUAUAUUAAUAUACGAUAUUUUGAAAUAAAAGCCUCACUCUUCAAGAAGUUGAAUAGUACCACACUUUGCUGCAGCUGCUGUAAUUUUUUUUUUCUUUUUUGUAAUGGUCUGGAAGAUCCCUACCUGUAUCAGAGAGAAAUGUGGCAGUGAAGAGGCAAAGCAAACCUGCUGCGGUACAAGGACGCCUAAGAGCUACACGAAUCCUACCAAUGUGGCAUCCAGAGCUUCCUGUUCCCUUCGGCAGAAUUUCGAGGGCAUUUGUUGUUCCACUUUGUGUUCUGGAGGCUUUUCCCCUUGUGCAAUACUAGCAUGCUGGCUUUGCUUCAUUAACCAUACUUGAUUGAUAUAUAACAAUGAUAAUUCUAUCCUCUUCCAAGAAAAUAUUUUUAGAGCUGUUAGAUAUUCCAUGAAGAAGAGAUGGACAACUACUGAGUGAAGUACAGUAUGUAUUAAAAGUUUAUUUGGCAGAGUUUGGUAGACUGUGAGCUCCCUUCUUAUUAAAGAUGUACUGUACAUACAAUGUCUUCAGACUUUGUAUAGCUCGUAGAGACUACAGUAAAAACCCAGAAACCAACUCCACAGCUUUGCGUUGUUGGCUCACUAGUUCUUUGAAACAACAACAAAGCUAUUUCUUUCCAGACCAACAUGCGAGAGGGCUUUUACAUACGGUUUGGUUUUUUAUGAGCCCAUUUGCAAUUGGUGAACAAGCAUUUCAGCUUAAGUGAACGCCUCUGUCGACAGCUCGAAUGCUGAGGCAGACCCUCACACAAGGGACUGCCUGGCCGUGUGCUCUUAUGCCACAGCACACGCGGGAGAAAAACCUAAAUUUGACUUUCCCCAUUGCAGGCCAGGCUAAUUCUCAUUGAGAAUUCUCAUUUGGCAGCAGCUAAAAGCAUACACCUGGGCAAUUCCAUGGCACAGCAAAGGCACAACAGUUUGUGGUGAGCAAACUGUGUCUGAGCCCUGCUCUCGUUUCAGGAAUAAUUUCUUUCAGUUUAAUUUUAAUCUUUUUCUUACUAAGGUGAAUUCAGCUGAGCUGAGAUGCUCUUCAGCAAGGAUGCGUCCACAGAGCCACCGAUCUACGCGCUGCGAGUGGUUUGAAUUCACACUCGUAGCUAAGCUGUUGCUGUUCACCAUGCAGCCUGGGCCUUGCGUUGCUGAAGAAAGAUCAAAUCUGAGCGCUGAAAUCUGCAAGCCUAGUUCACAUUCCCAGGCACUUUUGUGAGCAGUCCAAUUAAUUUCAGGGGGUUUAUUCGUGUGGAAAAGUAUCUUGCUGUCACGCAUAAGUCUUUGCGAUCUACCCUUUGGUACACCUAAUGCUACCAAAUCAAAGAGGAAUAGGGAAUUGUAAAACUUGUUCUAUCCAGUCGAGCUUCAUUUCUUUAAUAUUUCCAAUUUCUUUUCAGCCUGCUUACCUGUCUCUCACAGGACCCCUUUGGCCAUGCUCAUUGCUUUUAAUCCAAUGCAGAAGAAGUGCUGCACUUCCCGACUUAGAAUUAGUCAAAAUUCUCCCACUAACUUUCUUUCUCCUUCAGGGCAACCAUUCAAUCCCUGAUGCUUCAAGAGGCAGAAAUUUGUCACUGUAAUUACACUGUGUAUUAAAGCAGCUACAUGACGUGUCACGCCAUACUCCAUGCAGGCUUUCCCUGCUGGUCCUUGCCUGAUGCUCACAGUGGAAAUGGAUGUGCUGUUUCCAAGUACUUCUGUUAUUUCCCCUUCAAAAAGAUAUGAGAGUGAAAAGCGUCCAGGGAAAAAAUUUGUUUUUAUUCUGUGCACAGAAAGACUAAAUAGAAGCAUGAGCCUCACCACCAGUUGUAGGUCCUGUAGAUGGAGACCAGCGUCACUGGUGGCCCAGCUGGACAGGCCAUGUAUUUUCUGGCCACAGCCACCUGCCUAAACCACAGAAAAUACCUGGACCCUAGACUAUGUUUUAGAUACAGUCUGUCACAGCCAUGUGUCCCUAGUGCCAUCAUCUCAAUUCGGAGAGGACCACUGCCUGCCUGGUUAACUUAUAGGUAGGUGUGGUCCCAAAAUGAGAUCAUCAGACCAGCUCUAGGCUCACCUGCCACAAGUAAGGAGAAACUCCUCCAAAAUAAAUCCUAAGCAUUUCUCCAUUUUACUAGAUCAGCGCUUCAAAAACCCCAGGACCCUGUAGGGCUCGGAAGCCCUUGGUGCACUGGGAGACAGACUCUGCCACCAGGAGAUAAGUUGAUUAAAAGCCAGGGUAUAUUAUAACCUCUUUAACAGUGGGAACUGAGGCACACAAAGCUAAAUGGCCACUCAAAAUCACAUUGGAGGUCUAUGGAAAAUUGAGCAGAAAUUCAACUUUGGUUUCUUUAUUCCCAGCCUACUGAUAUUCUGUAAGAUGAUCCACACACAACAAAUUAACCUCUUUGCCAAAGCCCGAGGUAUCACCGUUGAGAGGUAUCUACCCCAUCGCAGUGCCUCUGACACGGCUCACACUGCGAGCAGACAACAAUGCUUAUGCCUGUGUCUAUGAAAUAUGCCUGUUGAGAUUGGGAAAUAUUAGACUUGCUAAAAUAUAAGGAGGAAAUGUUGUCAUUACCACAGCAAAGUUUCUUAGACAUGUUUAUGAAUUUUUCUUUGCCAGUAGGCAGCCUCAAAUAUCACCACACCAAAUUCAGCAAACAUCUGCGUCUCUUUGAAGUUGCUUCAAAAAUCUGCUCAUGAAGUGCGGCACUGAGAAGUUGCUGUUUUAAUUAAAAUGUUUUAGAGGGGAAUUAAGGCCUUUGCAAAAAAUAAUGACUAAUAAAACGUGAAGUCAAAUUAAGAGCCGGAUGCAGCUAACCUUCAUUGUUUCAGUGCACCAAAGUGAAAAUAAUAAUAAAAAAAUUCAACCAGCCUGGAGUCACAAUGAUCAUGUAUUUCAGUGAUAUGCACAAUAACACAGUGUGUAGUGGGAAGAUGUCAGAGCUGCUUACCUUGGCCAAUGGAAGCCCAGUUCAUUUCAGUGGUGGAGUGAACGGGUCCCACAUCCUCAUGAGAAAGUGUGAGUCGUGCCAUUCUCUGCACAAUGUUAAAAGGUAUUUACAUCAACAGAAGAGAAAGUUAAAGCUCCUGCUUUCUGGCAGAAGUCUAGAUAUGUCAGGGGGGAAAAGAAAAAUAUUUGUAAAUGCAUCAAAGAUAAACUUAGAUUUAUGUCAGUGUUUCUUCUUCAGAUAUGUGAAACCAAGUUAUGUAAAUCUAGAAUGUACAAGUUGGAAAAAAAUACUGAAAAAAAAAGAAAAAAUUAGCUACCAUCUGCCUAUUGAUUCAGAAAAUCUAGAUUAUGUGCUUCUGUCCAAAAAUCUCUGGUAAUAAAAAGCUCAGUGUGGUAUGACUUGAUAUUGCUUUGAAUAUGCUACAUGCUAUAGUUGAAGAAAAAAGACCCACAGAGAAAGCCCACUGCUAUGGCAAACAAUUAUGAAGUGCAUGAUGUGCACCCAAACCUGGCAUUACACAGAGAAAGGCCCAUGAAAAAUUACUGAAGGUGAUAUAAUUUGUGAUGCGUGAUGCUUUUAUCAGACCUAUUGAUCGACCAUUAACAGGGUUUGCAGAUACUU